GCAGUCACUGAAGCAGUCAGUCCUGUGUUGGUGCUGCUGCUGAUGGAUGUGCUGUGAGUUGAUUGGCUGUGGCUGUCAGGGCUGAGGUGCUGGAGGGAUGCUGCUACGCAUCUCCCUCUCCUCCUCUAUGCCUCUCUCUUUCCCUCUCUCUCGCUUGCUUGCAUCCCUCUGUAUAAUCCACAUCUAGGGCAAGCAGGCUGAGAGACAGUGCAGUGCUCAGCUCCUCUCUUCAGGCUGGGAAAAGAGUGAGAGAGAGAAGGCAAGAAAACGCUUUCCAAAGCAGGAGGAAACGCAGAAGGAAGAAAUCUGGCAAGCAGAGAAAUUCAGAGGAAGAUUUGAUCACGGAUAUAAUUUAUAUAUAUAUAGAAAUUGUUAUAUAUAUAUAUUUGUACACACGCAUAUUGAUAUUUAUAUAAAUAUAUAUAUAUAUACACACAUAUAUACCUGUAUAUAACUGUAUUUGUGCUUGUCUGUUUAAAUUGAUAUUUUUAUAUGUAUUUGUGUGUGUGUGUGUGUGUGUGUGUGUGUGUAAAUAUAUACAUAUAUAAGCAAAUUAAUAUCUAUGAAUUUUUGUGCAUAUCACUGUGAACGAAGAGAAGCAAGAAGAGAACUCUACCAUCGGGGCUGGUCUCUGAUUCUGAGAUCAUACACGCUAUUUUCAGCAUUAUUUUUCCAAAUAUUAUACAUCGAAAAGAGGAAGACUGCGGACCUUUUUCUAUUUUCCAUUUCCCUUUUGCUACCUUCUCAUCUCUUUUUCUGGAUCAGGAGGAACAAAGAGGAGACUAACAGGGUUCAAAGGAGGAGAGAGAUCGGCGAGAAUCCUGUGAUUUGUGCGUUUUGUACCGCCGUUGCUGUUCCGUGUGUGUUGCCUUUGAUCUGAGCAGGCAACAGCAGCAGCAGUGAGGGAGAUAGAAAGCGACAGAGAGCGCCUUACUGCGCGAACUAGCCAGCAUGCACAAACAUCACCACUGCUGCAAGUGUCCAGAAUGCUAUGAAGUGACCCGCAUGGCCGCCCUGCGAAGGAUGGAUGCACCAGCAUACGGAGACUGGCAGCCCGAGCCCUAUGGAUACCCAGCCGGCUAUGGGGCUGGCCAGACCUUACCGCCACAAACCUCAGGUGGAGGAGGGGGCAUGGGUGGAGGGGGUACAUUGGGGAGAAGUAAAGGGAAAAUGAUGUCGGCUGGGGGUCCUGGAGGCCCCAACCUGAAGAGCCAAUCCAAGGGCUGCCCCAAGGUGAAUGGUAACAACUCAGGAGGGCAAGGAGGAUGGUGGCCAGAGUGCACCUGUUCCAAUCGGGACUGGUAUGACCAGGCAAACCCUCCCCCCAUCAUUGUGAAUGCAGACUCACUGGAUGCAGGCCCUUAUGUGAAUGGGAGUGAUGGCAUGUAUAAAUAUGAAGAAAUCAUUUUGGAGAGGGGCAACUCUGGCCUUGGCUUCAGUAUAGCUGGAGGUGUGGACAAUCCACACAUUCCUGAUGAUCCAGGAAUAUUCAUCACCAAAAUCAUCCCUGGAGGUGCUGCUGCCAUGGAUGGCAGACUAGGGGUAAAUGACUGUGUUCUGCGAGUGAAUGAUGUUGAUGUAUCAGAGGUAGUGCACAGCAAGGCAGUAGAGGCUCUCAAAGAGGCCGGCCCAGUGGUCAGGUUGCUGGUACGCAGAAGACAGGCUCCUCCUGAGACCAUUUUGGAGGUCAACCUACUCAAAGGGCCUAAAGGCCUUGGCUUCAGUAUUGCUGGAGGUAUAGGCAAUCAGCACAUCCCAGGCGACAACAGUAUCUACAUCACAAAGAUCAUUGAGGGUGGGGCAGCACAGAAAGAUGGACGUCUGCAGACAGGCGAUCGCCUACUGGCUGUGAAUAACAUUAUACUUCAGGAUGUGCGUCAUGAGGAGGCAGUGGCUGCCCUGAAGAACACUUCAGACAUGGUCUAUCUGAAAGUGGCCAAGCCAGGACCAGUCCAUCUCAACGACAUGUAUGCCCCACCAGACUAUUCCAGCACCUUUCCCACCAUGGUGGAAAACCACAUCGGACACAACUCCAGUAUGGCCUACAUGGGAGGCAUGGAGCCUAAACCAGUGUACCAGCAGCCCCAGGUCACCCCCUCGAGAUACUCCCCGAUCCCACGCCACAUGCUAGGGGAGGAGGACUUCACCAGGGAGCCGCGGAAGAUCCUGCUGCACAAGGGUUCCACAGGUUUGGGUUUCAACAUUGUAGGCGGGGAGGAUGGAGAGGGCAUCUUUGUGUCUUUCAUCUUGGCAGGUGGGCCAGCUGACCUGAGCGGAGAGCUGAGGAGAGGAGACCGCAUCCUUUCGGUGAAUGGAGUAAAUCUACGCAAUGCCACCCAUGAGCAGGCUGCUGCUGCACUGAAGAGGGCUGGACAGACAGUGACCAUCAUUGCCCAGUACAGACCAGAAGAAUACAGUCGUUUUGAAUCCAAGAUCCACGACUUGAGGGAGCAGAUGAUGAACAGCAGCAUGAGCUCUGGCUCGGGCUCCCUCCGCACCAGUGAGAAACGCUCCCUCUAUGUCAGGGCUCUCUUUGACUAUGACAGGACCAGGGACAGUUGUCUGCCCAGCCAGGGGCUGAGUUUCUCUUAUGGGGACAUCCUGCAUGUCAUCAACGCCUCUGAUGACGAGUGGUGGCAGGCACGGUUAGUUACACCCCACGGGGAGAGUGAGCAGAUUGGGGUCAUACCAAGCAAGAAAAGGGUGGAAAAGAAGGAGCGUGCACGGUUAAAAACAGUCAAGUUCCACGCCAGGACGGGCAUGAUUGAGUCUAACAGGCCAGUCAAAGUAAAGCGCAAAAAAAGCUUCAACCUUUCACGCAAGUUCCCGUUUUACAAGAGCAAGGAGAAUAUAGUGCAGGAUUUGGUGGAGACGGAACAGUGCUUGACGUCCAACACCAGUGACAGUGAAAGCAGCUCCAAGGGUCAGGAGGACACAAUUCUAUCUUAUGAGCCUGUAAUUCGACAGGAGAUCCAUUACACAAGGCCUGUGAUUAUCCUGGGUCCAAUGAAGGACAGAGUAAAUGAUGACUUGAUCUCAGAGUUUCCCCACAAGUUUGGAUCUUGUGUUCCACAUACAACUCGUCCUCGGCGAGAGAAUGAGAUGGAUGGGCAGGACUACCACUUUGUGGCCUCGAGAGAGCAAAUGGAAAAGGACAUUCAGGACAACAGAUUUAUUGAGGCCGGCCAGUUCAAUGAGAAUCUGUACGGUACCAGCAUCUUGUCUGUUCGGGCAGUGGCUGAAAGGGGGAAACACUGUAUCCUGGAUGUGUCUGGGAAUGCCAUAAAGCGACUGCAGCAAGCACAGCUCUAUCCGAUAGCCAUUUUCAUCAAGCCAAAAUCUGUGGAGGCUCUAAUGGAAAUGAAUAAGAGGCAGACAUAUGAGCAAGCCAGUAAAGUCUUUGAUAAGGCAGUGAAGCUUGAACAAGAGUUUGGCGAGUUUUUUACAGCCAUAGUCCAGGGUGACUCACUAGAGGAGAUCUAUAAUAAAAUCAAGCUGAUAAUAGAGGAGCAGUCAGGCCCUUAUAUCUGGAUCCCGUCAGCAGAGAAGCUCUGAGCUCGCCACCUCCACAUAGCCCCGCCUGACCCCACUCCCACCUGACAACUUUUCCUCCCUUUCACUGAUGUUUCCUAUCAAGUUUUAGUGUCAUCAUUAUGUUAUCCUCAAAUUGAAAAUCUCUUAUCACCAUUACUGUGACUGUGCACACCCCUGCAUGAGUUUCAGCAAUUCCAUUCAAGAUUGGAAAUGCCAUUCCUAAAGACAUUUCUUUGUCAUGUUAAACAAAAAAAAAAAAAAAGAAGAAAAAAAGAAAA